UCCUCACCUGGUCCGGGCAAUUUUCCUCAACCAUACCCCGUCACAUAUUUUCCUUACUCACUGUCAUCACUGUCGCCGCCGCCACUUACUGUCGCCGCCGACGACUGCGCGCGCCGAACCAGCGCAACAACAGUUAUACGACAACUUGCCGACAAUGGCAUCCGUGGUGCGAUCGACGGCCCUCCGCGCAGGCGGCGCCUGUGUGCGUUGUCGCAAAGGCAAGACCAAAUGCGUCUACGAAAACGGACGCGCGCCGUGCAAGAACUGCGCAAAGGGCCUGCACGAAUGCUAUCUGCCAUCAGAGUCCAUGAGCCACGGAGGCCAUGGCGUGUCGCCUGCCCGAGUUCCGCAGCGCUCACGCGAGUCUCUGCCCAACGAGCGAGCCGUCUCGGGCACGUCGGGCGAGCGACAGGUCCCUCCCGCCUCGAGCGUCUUGCGUCACGUCUCGACCACCACUGAGAAACUCACGCCCGAAUUGAUGCAGGAAUGCGAACGAGUGAUCUCUAAGACACUCCCUGCGUGCGUGGCUUUCCACAAGCCGUCGUUCAUUCAACAACUGAAGAACACAUCAAUGGAUCCCACUAUGGUGAACGCACUUCUUACCACGGCAGCAAGACACUCGCCGGCUAUGAUCCGCCGCUAUGGUGGUCACGGAGGUGGCUCUGCGGCUGCCGAACACUUUGCUAGCAAAACCAUAAAUCUCGUCAUGCAAGCUCUGGAUCAGCCAGGGCUCGCCGAUAUCCAAGCCCUUUGUUUGCUUGUCGUUCACGAGUGGGGCUGCCGUAACGCCGUCCGAGCGUACAUAUACCUCGGCCAGGCUGCCCGGAUGGCCCAAAUGUACCGCGUUGUACAUACGCACCACCACCAGUCCGAUCCCGACCAGUUUCUCCAGGACGAGUCUUUCCGUCGAACUCUCUGGCUCAUCUACAUCCUUGAUUGCUUCCUCACAAGCAGCCCGGGCCGCCAUCCCGCGUUGUCGUCGCAUGAUGUGAAGGAUGUCUCGUUGCCAUGCCUCGACGUCAACUACCACUUCGGCAGCCCCGUGGUUGUCCGCACCCUGAAUGGCCCUGCGCCACCAGUCAUCACCGAGUCUGCCAGCUCCUUGGGCGAGGUUGGCGAAUUUGGUCACAUUGUACUGGCGACCAAGGCUUGGCGUAACGUGGUUGAGAUGAUGACCACUACCACAUUGGAAACCUUCUCCGAGGACCAAUGUUUGGCGCUUGAGCAAGACAUUGAAGCCAUUCGACAGUCACUUCCAAUGCAUUUCGCCGACAAGCCUGGCCAGAUCAAUCUUCACAUCACGAUGGGGAGUGGCUACACAUACGCCAUGAUCCACUGCCUCCUCAACUGCGGUACCAUCUUUGUCAAUCGCCGGCGCAUCCUUCAGGUGGUAACGGACGAAAACUUCAGCAUCGAAGCCUGGCGAAUGUCCUCGCACGCGCACGUGCAGUCUGUUGAUGGCAUCUUUGCUGCCUCACAUAGCAUCAUCCACUCCUUGCUGUCCCUCGAGCAUGGGGCGGAUAAAGACAGCAUUCUCUGUUUCCCCAUCUUCAUGCUUUUCUCGGCGUUCACCGCGGGCUCGACAGUAGCCUACCUCACACUCAAAGGAUUGUCUCCGUCCAAUGUUACCGAGUCCGCCUCGGGUAUUGUUCGCGACAGUCUUCGACUUUGCCAAGAAGGGUCCGAAUCCUGGCCCCUGGUCGUCCCGUGGCAACGGCACCUUUCAGUUAUGUCUAAGGUGCUGCGUGAAGUAAACAGCGCGUCUCGCGAUCGAGACUCUGACUCGCGGGAGGAUAAUAAGGCAAACCACCGUUCGCCUUCGGUAAAGGAUGACGCCAUUAGCCAGCCAGACACCAACCCUGAUGCCAUGGAUUAUGACCAGCCUCACGCACCUCAGGGCUCUGUUUCUUCACGUCUAGAGGGCCGGGAUAGCGAGCCUCCUCUUCCGAGACGGCCGGGCGUUACUACCAUCAAUGGCGGAUCUGCUGGAGCCUCAACUCCGGCGACGGCCAGCCCUCCCCCCGCACAGCUGAAGGCUGAUUCGCCCGACGCGGCGUCGUCGGCGUCAGUAACUGGAAUACCAACGGCGCCUCAUCCAGGUCCGGAUGUCGACAUGACAGCGAUUGAGCUUUGUGCUGCAUUUGAGCGACAGCUCCUCGAGCUCGACGACCUAGCCGCAUUUAUGGGAGGUGGAGUUGCUCCUAGCUAAGCCUUUUGUGCGCAUUUCUUGCGGCCGUCCUCUCUUUUUUUGUGGAUUUAUGGACCUUGCUCUGAGCAGCAAGCUUGGGAGCUUUGGAGCCCUGGUGGAGAUCGUAAUGUUUUUGUACGAUAGUCCUUGGGCAUCGGUCGGUAAAAGGAGUCGGGAUUUUAGGUCAGGAAAAAGCGUCAUGUAACACCACCAACUAUUGCUCUUUAUCACGCAACACAUUGGGGUGUUGAUCGGGGCGCCUUUGGGGCGUUUUGCUGUUAAUGAGAACUCGUCAUGGUUGCUUGGGAAGCUGUCUUUUCGAGAGCCAUCUAUACAAGGUCCGUGGCAUAGACGCUCGGGGCUAAUACAUUGAGAAUUGAUGGGAAUUUUACUUGUACCAAAGCUCUUUGACUUGCUGGCCACCCCUCACGUCUUUUACCUUGUUUCACCACCACCGUCACGGGCCGUGGAGGAUGACUAUUCUCGGC